CAAUGUCAUCCAAUUUUAUAACAACAUUAUCAUUAUAACCAAAACACUUCAAAAAUCAUGAAUUAAUUUCAUUACUUGUACAAAAUUCAUUGUUAACAUCAUAAAUGUUGCGUAAACUGGGAUGUAGCUGGGUGGCGGCGCAUCGACGCAUGCUGCGUGGCGAUCUAUCACCCAUUUUGUUGACGUCGAAGCGAUGUUUAAUGCCUAACUUUGAUCUCUGCUGGAAAUGCGGUAACAAAAGACGCAACAUUUACGAUCUAUUCUGUGAUAAAUGCAACGUGAUCCAACGCCCACAUGAAAAAGACAAUUUUUUCAAGAUAUUCAGCUUGCCACCCAAGUUUUCAGUGGAUGUUCCUAGUCUUCAGAGACAAUAUCGAGCAAUGCAAACCCAAUUGCAUCCUGAUAAGUUUGCCAACAGACCUGAAGAUGAGAAAGCUGUGUCAGCUGAAUUUUCUGCAUUGGUCAAUGAUGCCUACAACACUUUAACAAACCCAAUGGCAAGGGCACUGCACAUGUUAAAACUGCACAGGGAAACAAUUUUAGAAAGUGACAAAUCUACAGAUAGUGAAUUUCUGAUGAAUAUUAUGGAGUUGAAUGAAGCAAUUGAAAAUUCCAAAACUGAACAAGAUUUAAGAUUAUUAGAGAAAAACAAUCAAGCAGUACUGGGUCAGAUUGUGAAGGAGUUGGAGCAGAAGUUUGAGCAGAAUGAUAUUCGCGGCGCAAAGAAACUAGUCAUUAAAAUGAAAUAUUUUCAUACGUUGUCUGUGAAGAUUAAAGAAGCAAAGGGCAAUAAAGGCAUUGUUGAUUAACAUGAACAAGACAAUCAUGAACAGUGGAUUUUGUACAUAAAUGUGAAUUAAUAAAAGAAAUACAUAAACAUGA